CUCCUCUGCAAAACCCUAGCAACACAAGAGCCUGAGGGUCGCCGUUCACAUCACAAAAUGAAGGUGAUCGCCGCAUACUUGCUUGCUGUGUUGGGAGGCAACACCUGCCCUUCUGCCGAGGAUUUGAAGGAUAUUCUUGGAUCUGUUGGGGCUGAAGCUGAUGAUGAUAGGAUUGAGUUGCUCUUGGCCGAAGUCAAGGGAAAGGAUAUCACAGAGCUAAUUGCAUCUGGAAGGGAAAAGUUAGCUUCUGUGCCAUCUGGAGGUGGUGCUGCUGUUGCAGUUGCUGCACCUGGUGGUGGUGGUGCCGCCGCACCUGCUGCUGCGGAGCCUAAGAAAGAGGAGAAAGUGGAAGAAAAAGAAGAGUCUGAUGAUGAUAUGGGUUUCAGUCUCUUUGACUGAGAGAUCAAGAUGCUGGUCUGUUUGUAUGAAAUGGAACAUUUUCUUCCCAAGUUAGUCUCUUUAGUUGAAUGUUAGAAGUUUUUGGUUUGCUAUUUGAGAACUGUUCUACAUUUUGUUGGAUUUCUGAAAUUUUUGUUUAGAUAAUGAGAUGAGGUAAAGCAUUGCCAUUUUAAUA